UACCUGGGCAAGUCCUACCUUCUGGGCUUCCUGUUGUUGUAAGGUUGUCACCUUGUGGCAGCACAGACUUAGGCCUGGGAUUCAACCAUGUCACUCGGUAGACCUCCUGGCUGGCUGUUUGCUGUGGCCUGUGGGCUCCUGCUUCUCCACAUGCAUGGCAAGGACUCAGCCAGCCCCAUCAGGAACACACACACAGGGCAGGUGAGAGGAAGCCUCGUCCAUGUGAAAGACAGCGAUGUUGGUGUCCACACCUUCCUGGGGAUUCCCUUUGCCAAGCCACCUGUGGGACCACUGCGCUUUGCUCCCCCGGAGCCCCCAGAGCCAUGGAGUGGUGUGAGAGAUGGGACCUCCUAUCCGGCCAUGUGUCUGCAGACUGACGUAACGACUCUAGAGGGAGCCAAGGAGAUGAAUCUGAUCAUGCAUCCCAUCUCUAUGUCUGAGGACUGCCUGUAUCUCAACAUCUACACACCAGCGCAUGCCCGUGAAGGUUCUAACCUGCCUGUGAUGGUAUGGAUUCAUGGUGGUGCACUUGUUCUGGGAAUGGCUUCCAUGACCGAUGGAUCCAUACUGGCUGCUACUGAGGAUAUAAUAAUGGUUGCUAUCCAGUAUCGCUUGGGUGUCCUUGGCUUCUUCAGUACUGGAGACCAGCACGCCACAGGCAACUGGGGUUACCUGGACCAAGUGGCCGCCCUACGCUGGGUCCAGCAGAACAUCGCCUACUUUGGAGGCAACCCUGGCCAGGUCACUAUUUUCGGCGGGUCAGCAGGAGGAACAAGUGUGUCUUCACUUGUUGUGUCCCCCAUGUCCAAAGGACUCUUCCACAGAGCCAUCAUGCAGAGUGGCGUGGCUUUGCAUCCUGACCUUAUCUCUGACACCCACGAGAGGGUCUACACAAAAGUGGCCAACCUAUCUGGAUGUAAAGCCGUGGACCCAGAGGCCAUGGUACACUGCCUACGAGACAAGAGUGAAGCAGAGAUUCUGGCUAUCAACCAGGUCUUUACUAUGAUGCCUGCUGUUGUGGAUGGGACAUUCCUACCUAGGCACCCUCGGGAGCUGUUGGCCUCUGUGGAUUUUCGCCCUGUCCCCAGCAUCAUUGGUGUUGACAGGGAUGAAUUUGGCUGGGGAAUCCCUUUGUACAUGGGGUUUGAUCCUGUCAUAAAGAACAUAACCAGAGAGACCCUGCCAGCUAUUUUGAAGAACACAGCAGCACAUAUGAUGCUGCCUCCUGAGUGUAGUGACCUGUUAAUGGAAGAGUACAUGGGGGAUGUUGAGGAUGCCCAGACCCUGCAAGCACAGUUCAGAAACAUGAUGGCGGACUUCAUGUUUGUGAUCCCUGCACUCCAAGUAGCAUAUUUUCAGCGGUCCCACGCUCCUGUCUACUUCUAUCAGUUCCAGCACCAGCCCAGCUUCAUCAAACAUAAGCACAUCCGGCCACCCCAUGUGAGGGCUGACCAUGGUGAUCAUGGCGCCUUUGUCUUUGGCUCCAACCUCUGGGGCUUGAAACUUGACCUCACUGAGGAGGAGAAGCUGCUGAACAGGAGGAUGAUGAAGUACUGGACUAACUUUGCAAGACAUGGGAACCCCAACAGCGAGGGUCUCCCCUACUGGCCUGAGUUGGUCCAUGAUGAGCAGUAUCUACAGCUGGACAUCCAGCCUGCUGUGGGCCGAGCCCUGAAGGCCAGGAAGCUGCAGUUCUGGACGAAGACUCUGCCCCAGAAGAUCCAGGAGCUAAAGAGGACACAGGAGAAGCGCACAGAGCUUUAAUGCCCUGAGGCAGGAAGGUGGAUGGGGUCAUCCUGAGGUUACAACUUCCAUUUAUUUAACGUAUUUGUUCCAACGCUCACAUAAGCAUUUCUAACCUCAGCUUUUGCCUUUUCAGUCAAGAAGACAAUCCCUCUGGGUGUUAUUCCUUAUCCUUCUGGACACAUUUUAUUAGACUCAAUAAAUACUCUCAUAACCAUA